CGUUUGCCUGUAAACAUGGUUGUUAGCACAACAUACUGGAAGUUGGCCGUUAGUUUGAGUGUUUUCGGUUCGAUUUUCCUGAUAACAGGCUCCCACGGGGCGUAUACUCGCGAAAUUGUCAACGAUAAGCUCCCGUUGCAGGAGAGGCCCCCGUGGCUGCAGACGUGCAAACGCUCCAAUCCGAACGAGGACAAGUGCUUUCGGCAGCUCUUCGAGGGAUGCUUUCCGGCACUAGCCGCUGGCAUUCCGGAGAUCGGGGUAAAGAGCUUUGAGCCCCUAAACAUUGACCAGGUGUCGGUGUCCAAGGGCAGCGGCAAUCUGGUGCUCUCCGGAGGAUUUCAGGACCUGGUCAUCCGAGGACCCUCCAACGCGACUGUGCGACGAGCCAGCUUGGAUCUGGAGCGGCGAUUGCUAAAUUUCGAGCUGGAGCUUCCAAGGCUUAGGAUCCGGGCGAAGUACAACCUGAAGGGAAAUAUCCUACUUCUGCCCCUUGUGGGCAGUGGAGACGUGGCUAUGGCGCUGAAGAACGUACACACAACCGUGUACACAAGGAUCUCGCUACGGAACGAGACACGCACGGGCGACGAGAUCAUCCAUAUCGAUGAAAUGAAGGUGGGCUUCGAUGUUGGCGCCAUGAGAAUACACCUGAAGAAUCUAUUCAACGGAAACGAAAUUCUGGCGGCAUCGAUUAACUCCUUUCUGAAUCAAAACGGCAAGGAGGUGAUAGCAGAGCUGCGUCCAGACUUGGAACUGGGACUGGCAGACAUCUUCCAUGGGCUGUGGAACAAUGUCUUCUCCAAGAUGCCCACCAAACUGUGGCUGGUUUAGUGAUCUUGAGGACCAUGUCCGCCGUUUUUGUAUUAUAUAUAUAAUUUAUUUCGCUUUUAACUGUCUGCUUAAUUUGUAGGCUACUGUUUGUACUACGAUUAAAUCAGUAAGAUAGAAAAAAAAAA